CUGCGCACAACAAAUGCAUAGUCAGCCAAGUUCAGGAUUCAAAGACACUAGUACGGAGGCCAUGAGGGUCAAGUGGGUAUUGGGCGCCAACUCGCUGAUAAUCAAUAACCUAGGGUCCGGCUGGACCCCCGUGCAAAUCGCGCCAAAAAAGAUUUAAUAUCUUUGGCUCCUUUCCUCAAGCUUCUCCCAUCGUGGAUACUUGAUUUGUUGGGACCUGAGCGCUCAGCCCCCAUAUCAUAAAUGCCUUGUGGUAUACAGCCCCUUCAAAAACGUUUUCUUCUUCAUCUCUCUGUAUACUGAUCGUUUGCUAUGGUGGUGGACAUUCACGAUACGUUUGGCGCAGGGUUUAUCGGAGGUAUGGUGACUGCCAUCUUGUAUGGUAUCACAACUCUGCAGACAUACUUGUAUUAUGUAUAUUAUCCCAGUGACUCCAAUAGUGUGAAAGUAUUGGUUGGGUUCAUAUGGGUCUUAGACACUUUACACGUUUCCUUUAUGUGUCAUGCUCUGUAUUACUACCUUGUAACGAGUUUUGGUGACCCGAAUAACCUUGGAACGGGAGUUUGGUCCCUUUUCAUAUCGCUCGCUCUAAAUCUUUGCAUGGCUGUGCUCGUGCAAAUGUACUUUACUCUUCGAAUAUCCUACCUAACACGUUCCAAUAUCCGAUGGUGGCUGACAUCCUUUAUUAUGUUGUUCGUUAUCGCACACUUCGAGACAGUCAUUCUCAUGUUCAUCAAGAAGGAAUUCAGCGCGCUUUCGCAGAUCACUCUCUAUGCUGCCACCCCUUUCGCUGUCACUGCUGUUUUGUCCGACGUCUUCAUUGCUGCUUCACUGUGCAUUCUUCUCCAUGGCAAUCGCGGUUCUUAUGUCGAGACCAAUGCACUUGUUAAUACAUUGAUGGUAUACGCUAUCAAUCGUUGUCUACUGACUUCAGCCGUGGCCGUGGCCGAAGUUAUCGCAUUUGCCAUCAGCCCAGGUAGUCUGUGGUUCAUCGCGAUAGAUUUCGUUAUCGGAAAGCUAUAUGCCAAUUCCCUUCUUGCAUCCUUGAAUAGCCGAAGUGCCUUACGAGGGCGCAACCACACUCACAAUGACACUAGUUUCCGUGUCAACACCAUCAACCUAACUGGCCUACAGUCCUCAAGCGACAGCGCAGGCACGCAGAGUAAAAUGACCACCAGCACUGUCUCCCCUCGUGCCCGUGUGAAAUCAAUUCCAGGUGGAGAUAUCGACGAGAUAGCCAACUCGGGCGAAGUCUGAUGCAUAUGUUUGUGUUUUGCUGUGCAUGAUUUGUAAUAUGCUCCUUGCCUGCCGACCUAGCCCCGUGGGCUAGAAUUCCAGAAUGCUUCCGAGUCGCACUUCGCCAUCAUCAUUGUUAUUAUAUUCACCCUUCAUCUU